AUGCAGCCCACUCUUGCUAUGCUUCAAUGCUGGUUCCAAUCCUUUGCCCAAGCCUUUGAGCAUCGUCGUCAGCAAGAUGUCGACGGCUCUGGCGACGACAUGGAUGAAAAGAAGGCACAAGCUCUCACGGACAUGGCCAAUGCUAGUCUCACUCUCUUUGAAAAAACCUAUGUCUCAUUCCCAGAGUUUGUCAGCAAUGAUGACUGCUGCUGCAACUGGACGCCACAACCCACACCAUCAACUUCUUCCUCCAUUGCAUGCUAG